AUGCAACGAACACCUUUUGUUGAUGUUAUCUCCAGACCACGUAUCCUUCCCAGGGAAAACGACUUCCUCUAUCGCAUUGGUUUGCCAGAGCCAGGCAGGCAGACCACACAACAAGAAGCACACCGGCUUUCCUCCCGAACUCCGGCGCCACAGCCGUUCACGCAGACAACUUUUCAAGUGCCCUCAGGCUGUAGAGACUGGGGCGCGUUGGAUCCGAUGCAACUUGGAAUUAAAGUUAGUAGCGAUGUCGUACACCUGAAUACAUCCGAACAGUCUGGGACUUGGUACGCCUCGCCACUACAAUUUGCUGAUGGUGAGCGUACCACACAUUUGAACCUGUGCGGCGUCGACACGACGCCAUUGGACAGAAAACCGGGGAAGUUUACGCCGUUAUACACGAGGUCGAAGUGUGAACUAGUUACAGGUUUUCACUGCAAGCGUCGAUGCGCAGUCAACGCCGAAGACUACAGAUGGUUGAAACCUGCUGUGACGUCACUGGUGAGAAAAAAGCGUCGACCUUAUUCGCAGACACAGAUUCUAGGUUUGGAAUCGGAGUUCAUCAUAAACUCAUACCUGGAACGAGGACGUAGCACCGUUCUCGCAAAAUCGUUGAAUUUGACCGAACGACAAGUCAAGAUAUGGUUUCAAAAUCGAAGAAUGAAGGAAAAGCGAAUGUUCAUGCGGGAAAAGUUGACUAAUUCAAAAAUAUGA